GCCGUUACACACUAUGUCAGGGGACAACGAAGUCCUCAAACACUUUCAGUUCGUGCGUGUCCUAGACGAAAACCCAGCGACGCACUAUAUUGCGCUGGAGGGCACCCUGCCCGAUCCUGCGAAUCAGAUUGACCGACUCUCUGCUGUGUUGAGGAUCGAGAAAACUGCUUUCCCUGCCGAUUUUGCCGAAUCGCUCUCUGUGUCGCCCACCAAAGUGGAGGAUGGUGCCGAGGGUGGGGCUCUAAGUGCGCUCAAGGUGAUUGAGAAGAAUGACAUCUAUUCAUGGUACCGUGGCUGGCUCGCUCACCGCGAAUCUGCGCCCGACAUCAAGCUGAGCCUCAUCUUCCCCGCAACGGAAGUCCACAUCAGGAAGUACACCAAGCAAAACGUGCUUAUGGUGCACGAAACCCCCGCUUUGUACCUGUCGGUCGUGAAGCCGUACAUCGAUGCAAUCCCGCUCGCGCGUACUCGAUGGGUCACCGCUAUUCUCGACGGCACAUCGGAGGCAGAUGCCUUGUUACACAACGAUCAGUCCCCGACGACUGGCUUCGUGUUGCUCCCGGACAUGAAGUGGGACCGUACGACUGUCGGCGCGCUCUACCUCGUUGCGAUCGCGCGGGACCCGGCCCUACGCUCCUUACGCGACCUUACGAAGGCGCAUUUACCCUUGCUCAAGGAAAUUAGGACCACGGCGAACCAUGUUGUGCAGGAGCGCUGGGGUCUGGGGAAGGGUGCGUUGAGGAUGUAUGUGCAUUACCAGCCUUCGUACUACCACUUCCAUGUCCACAUCGUGCAUGUUGCGCACGCCUUUCCGGGCGGCAUGAACGUCGGUCAGGCUCACCUACUCGAUGAUCUUAUCUCCCUACUUGAGCUCGACACUGCUGUUCCGGCGACCUCAUCCAUUCUCGCUCGUAUGACUUUAACCUACAGUCUUGGGACUCAGCACGGGUUAUACGCGCCGCUCGCCGCCGCCCAGGCUUCCUUGGCGGGCGCCAGCGGCCUCUAGUCUCGCCAAUCAGAACGUUAAAAGACAACACCGACGCAGCCUACAACUACUUUCUCAAUGAGGAAGGGUGCGAUAUUCGCACGAAUCAGCCAUGAGCUGAUUGGUUCAACCGGCGAGCUCUAGCUCGCCUUCUCAGAAUGUCGCGUCAAUCGCGAGCUAAGUGCCAAAUGGGUCCUUCAGGCCGCUGCUCGGUUGGGUAGGAUCGUGAAGGUUCCGUACCGACCCAUUAGGCCGUUGACACGAAACAACAAAACCCAGAAAAAUUUCACGAGUAAAGCUCGUGAUCAAACGCGCUAAAGUUAGUGCGUCCAUGCACAAAGUGCAUGAGGCUGGCUUGGUUGCAUCUUUUACGUCAGUUUC